GAGGCGAGCCAGACGGGCGGCGCCGCGGGGGCGGAGAUGGCCAUGGCGACCGUGAGCAGCGCCAAGCGAAGCCUGCGGGCCGAGCUGAAACGGCGUCUGCGGGCCAUGAGUGCUGAGGAGCGGCGGCGUCAGUCCCACCUCCUUACCCAGAAGGUGAUUGCCCACAGUCAGUAUCAAAAUUCCAGAAGAAUUUCCAUCUUUCUGAGCAUGCAAGAUGAAAUUGAGACGGAGGAGAUCAUCAAGGACAUUUUCAAACAAGGCAAAACCUGCUUCAUCCCUCAGUACCAAUUCAAUAGCAGUCACAUGGAUAUGGUGAAAUUAACAUCACCUGAAGAAAUUUCUUUACUUCCCAAAACAUCCUGGAAUAUUCAUCAGCCUGGUGAGGGAGAUGUUCGGGAGGAGGCCUUGUCAACUGGUGGACUUGACCUCAUCUUCCUGCCAGGCCUCGGAUUUGACAAAGAUGGCAACAGACUGGGGCGGGGCAAGGGCUACUAUGACACCUACCUGAAACGCUGUGUGCUUCAUCAGCAAGUAAAGCCCUACACCUUGGCUUUGGCCUUCAAGGAGCAGAUCUGUCCCCAUAUCCCAGCGAGUGAGCAUGACAUGAAGGUAGAUGAGGUCCUGUAUGAAGACUCCUCUGCAUCUUAAGCUAGAGGAUGAACAGCCAAAUACUCACUGGUUUGUACCAAGACACAGAAAAUCUCUGCUGGGUAUGGUGACACAUGACUUUAUUCCCAGAACUUGGAAGGCAAAGGCAAGCAGAUCUCUGUGAGUUUGAGGCCAGCCUGGUCUAUGUAGUGAGCUCCAGGCCAGUCAGGGCUACAUAGUGAGACCCUGUCUUAAAAUGAAAUUUAAAAAGGAAAAUACAUAUAUUUUUCCCCUUGUCAAAAAUGAGUUUAAAAUGGCACAUUAAAGUGAAUAUGAGUCUAUUUAA